UUUGGUAUAUCCUCUACACUUCGCUCUAAAAAAAAAUUCUCGCAAUAUUAUCUACAAAGUUAACGAAAUUAACGUGACUAAGUAAUGUAUUUAGUGGUAAUUAAUGAAUGCAGUUAACAAUUUAGGUCUGAGACAAAAGAAUGGUCAAUGCAAAUAUAUAAACAAGGGAAAAUCUAAUAUAAGGAAUAUCUCAUAAGUUAUACAAUAUAUAUAUAUAUACCUUUAUAUUACCAUUUUAAUAUACAAACUUUUUCAUUCACAAAAACUACAUCAAAUAUUUUUUAUUUUCAUUAUAAUACCCCAACCUUUAAAAUCACACCAUUUAGCACCACUGCAUAGAAUUGAUUUUAUUUUUUGAAGUACAAAGUUGAUAUUAAUCUGUUGAUAAAAAAAUACUGAAAAUGUGUACAAAUUCAAGGAAAGUUAGAAGAAAAUUUGCUAAAUUCAAAAAGCAGAGAGGAUUAAUUUUGUAAAUAUCCACUUUUGAUAUCUCCCCAUAACCUUUUAUAAAAGCUUGUGCAAGUGACUGAAGCAAACCAGAUACAGCAGUUUUAUUCGGACAGUAGUUUUCCAUGUUCAGUUGCUGAGGUAUUCUUCUUACUGCAGUUCCUUUUAGCUUAUCUUACUUUAACCUUACAGUUCCAUUAAUCAAGUGGGUGUGGUCCGGUGGUGAAAGUGACUCCGAAAGUUCCUAAGGGACCCGGGUUUGAAACUUCACACUUAGACUACCCAUCCAUGUGGCCAGACGACAAAGAUAUCUAAUUCUCCUUACGAACAACCAGAUUUGUCUGGCUCCGGUGGACAAAUCUCCGGAAAUUAGUUGGUUGGGUUCUGCCCGCCGGAUAUCCCUAAUCAACAGAAAAAAAAAACUUUUAGUUUCAUUUUUUUUUUUUGACAUCAGUUUUGUUGUUAAAUCAUUGUCUUGUUUGUUUUUCUCUCUCUCAAAACAACAUACGAACAUGAGAACACUGACUUUGCACUGAAUAUUAGUUCUGAGAUUAUAUAGAGACAAGUGUAACUCCGAUAUGACUGUAUAACUCCGACAUGAUGCAGAGAGUACUCAAGUUCCUUGGAUCCUUAACAAUGAAUCCUCGUCACAACGAGAUCGCUCCUUUAAACACAAGCUCCGCCAACUCCCCUCGAUUCCCGAGUCCUCGUACCAAUGGUGGCGGCGAGAGUGGCCCAAGAGGCGGCAUGCCGCGUCCUCGCGGGAGAAUAUUACCACCGCUUCUGCCGUAUCCUCAGAUCCCACCGACCCGUCCGCCAAUGAGGUUGCCGACGUAUGGACCGUCGUCGCGGCCUGUCUUCUCCUUCGGCUCACAACCGCCCAUGACCCCUGCACCGUCGUGGCUACCACCAUAUUAUCUGCCAGCGCCGGUGGCUAACUACAACGCCGCUUUGCCUCCGCGUCCCUUCACGAGGCCUACCACCUCGGUAUACUCCGGUGGUAGUCUCCCGCCCAGGAAUGGUCACAGAAGGAGAAACCGUUAUAACGUUCCUUCUUCGAGUUCGCAGAGGCCUCGGAGUGCUGACCGAAUGAUCUACCCGAGGCCUAUAGAGAUGCCCUUUGGCGUGAUGAUGCCAAACGAAGCAGGCAAUGUCAUGAACGUGUUGCUCACUGACUAUAUGGACCCGGACAAGAUUUUUUAUGAUUAUAACGAGGAUGACUUGGUGAUAAUCUUUGGAGAUUCGGAUAAUGUAAAAAGCAGUGGCAGUGAGAAUAGGAGUGAAGAUACUUCGGGUGUAACGAGUGUUUCGAUGAAUAGUAAUCUCGAUUGUAACGAAUCACCGAAGCUACCUCCUUCCCCAGGGAAUCUUCAGGGUGUAACCAAUUCGGCUAAUAGAAACGAGAAUGCUUUCGAGAUUGAUAAAGGCGCGGGACACAGUCAUGAGAUUGCUCCAUCUGAUCCUAACCGUGCCAAAAGAAUCUUGGAUAACGGGGAAUCAUCUGGACGUUCAAGUGCGAAGAAGGCGCGGCGCCUUAACUAGUCGGAAGAAAAGAAUAUCUAAUGAGAGUGUUAAAAUUUCUCAAAUGAGAAGUUUCUCUCUUUGCUUUCAGUAUUUUCAUUUGUUUGCUUUCAAAAUACCCAAUGGGAUAUUAAUUAUUAAUGAGCAUGCUCUCAUAUUAUAUUAAACAAAAAUUCAUAUAUGUGACUUUGUUGCUUUUCUUUAAAGAAGAAGAAGCUUUCUAGUAUCGGAUUCAAAAUAGCAUGCUCAUUGGAAUAUUAUCGAUGAGCAUACUCUUUUAAAUUCUUCUUUUAAUAUAUACAUCAAAAUGUGAAGGUAUAUACGAAGAACAAAGUUCUUUUGAAAACAAAAAUAAAGCAUUGUAGAUGGAUCUAGAAUGUGUAUAUGAUCAAUCGUUCUCAGAGUCUUGGCUAACCGGGAAUCAUCUGCACGUUCAAAUGCUAUGAAGGUGCACGCGGCUCGUUCAAGAGUUGGAAGAAAAAGUAAGCGCUCUUGAUGAGCGAGAGGCUGAUGUAACUGCCAAUUCCAAGCUAAAGGAGGUGAGACAAAAGCACAUUAGCAACCAACCGGUUCCUGUAAAGAUGUUUUGUUAAAGUUUGUGUCCUUUUUGCAUUGCAGAGAUCUUUAUCUGUGCUGUAAGACGAGCACAACCAAGUCAGGUUUCAUGCAAACGGAUUGCAGGAGCAGUUGUCACGUGGUAAUGGUGCGUCUUCUUAAUAACCGUAAGUGUCAGGUGUUGUAGGGCUUUACGUUACUUGCAUUUCAUCUUUGCUUAUGUCUUUCACUCACAUAGUCAUACGACCUUACUGUUGAAACAAAUAUUGAUUUCAGUGAACAUACCAUCUAAGGAAGUUGAGAGGUGGCCUUGGAAAAUCAUGUAGGUUGAAGGCCGGACUGAAGUCAUAGUAUUUUAUGUGCAGGGUCAUAUUGAUUAACCAAAUCUAUUAUAAAUCAUUUUCUCAAAAAGAAAAAUCAGUAUCAUGUUAGUAUAUAGAUAAGGGAAAUGAUUUGUAAUGGUAAGGCUUUGAAAAGAGCUUCUGAUUUUAUCAAGUUGAGUAAGAUUAUAUUUUUUAUUAGAGCAUUUAUAUUGGUGAGAUACUCAUUUGAAUAACUUAUCCAUCUAAAUAUCAGUAUUUUAAUUUAAUUUAGCUGUGUUAUUAAAUUUUAAGGUAAAAAUAAAACUAAACCAUUCAUAUGAAGACAUGUAUGAAAAGAGUGUCUAAUGAAAUUGUUAAAAUUUCUCAAAUGUUCUUUUUUUUUUAUCUCAUUCUUUCUCUUUGCUUUUUAAUAUUUUCAUUUGCUUAGUUUUAUAAUACUUAUUGGAAUUAGUAGAGCUUCUCAAACGGUAACUUGCGGAGAAAUAUCUAACCAAUUAAACGUAAUAAAAAUAUAGAAAGAUAAAAAAAAGAGAGAUGACAGAAAUUGUCUGAACCAACACUUAAACUUGUUUACAAACUUUGAUGACACUUGUUUUAUUUUCAUAAGUCAGUAUAUAUCUAAAGCAAUUCAAUUUAAAUACAUAAUCAUAACACAUUAAUAUGUUAAUUUUUAAUUGUUAAAAACCUUGAAUCAGCAUCCCCAUUCUUACAUGUAUAAUAAACAAAAUUCAUAAAGCAUGGACCCUUUUAUUUAUAUACUUAACAUAUUCUUUCUUUCUUUUUUGAACAACUAAAAUUAAUUCAUUAAGAUAAUUAAAAAGUUUAUGGGCCUUGGCUAAAUGGGUUGCAAGACAAGACUGACAAGACUUUGCAAGCCCAUUAACCAGUGCAUUACAAUUCGUGGGAUGAAAACAAAACAACACAAAAGAAACAGAGAGAUGGAAGAAGACAAUAGAUCGUCGAUGUCGGCGAGAACCCCAGUCCGACGGAUGUUGAUGUGAAAAAAUCACUCAAACGAGCACUUGAGAAGCUGUGUGAAUACAGAUGUGUUGAAGGUUUUGGGAAGCCGCUUGAAGCAGAGCCUCUUUGAUGGCUAAGGCCUCUCCAUGCAUGGCGAUGACACGAAUCUUUGGAAGCUGGAUCAUCGAUACAGUUCUAUAAAAGUUUUGUCGGUGAAGAUUCAAGCUAGUCCAGCUGCUUUGUGUUCCGUAUUCCUGGAUGCAUAAGUGUUGCAGAUGAUCUCCGAUGACAAAGCCGGUUGAGGUUGCGGGAGGAGCAGUCUUAGGGGUUUUAGGAGGUUAAGAAGGCUGAGCAAUCUCCCAUUCUUUUAGAGCUGGGAUUGCUUUGAUAAAGGUUUCCGUCGGUGAUUGUGAGCGAUUUUUAAAAAAGAAUUAAUUCUGUGAGAUCCAUAGAAAGCAGCAGAUCCAGGGGAACACAUUUCAGACUUAACAUAUUCUUUCAAGUAUAUUUUGAAAAAUGAAAAAAGAAAACUGUACUAAAUCAAAAAGAUGAUAUAAAGAGGUAUACACAUAUAGUACAUGCUAGACCACAAGAUGGAUCUAAAAUAUAGAACAUAAAUAGAUAGAAAAAAAAAAUGCAACCGAAGUAUAACCCCUGUUCGAAACUACGUUAGGCGCUAGUCGGGCGGCAACCCCGGACCUAGCGAGUUACUAAAAAAUCGGGGAUUAAUCGGAGUAUACGCGGGGCCUAGUUUAAUUAUUAUUUUAUUUUAUUAUAAUAUUUAAAUUAAAUAUAAAAUAUAAAUAUAUUAGAAUUUAAUAGUUUUUAUAUGUUAUUAUUGAAAUUUAUUAUUGAUUUUUAAAAAUUUAAUUGUUAGCAAUACAAUUAAAACACAAAUUAAUCUAGAUUUUGAAUUUUUAUUAUACGUAUAUAUGUAUAUAUAUUAACAUAUGCGCAAAAGUACAAAGCAUUCAAUGUCUCCUAGUGGCCAAAGCAUGUCAGUUUCUUCGAAUAACCCGGUUUCGACGCCUCCUUCUUACGUUUUAAUUAUUUUGCAUUAUUACUAUCAAAAUGGACAAAAGUCCCACAUCGCUUACAUGCAACAAGAGAGGCAAAAUAUCACUCUAUAUAUAGAAUACAAACGUAUAGGAGAAAGGUAAAGUAGUUGGGCUGUCUGAUCUCUGGAAGCCUGAUAAAAUACUUUCAUAAGUAAAACUUUAGGCCUGUUUAAUCCUUAACUGGGCCGAUUAGUUGGUCAAAUAGGCUGAUUAAUCGGUUAAUGGGCCGAUUAAUCGUUUAAAUGGGCCGAAUAAUUGG